AACUCCUAUGUCCCCUACUUAAGCCUCACACACAAGACAAGAUGUUCAGAGAAGAUAGAGCCACGGGUCCCAGAAGUGCCCACCCCAGCCAGGCCAACAGCAUCUGCAGGAUACCCCGAUGGCCCUGCCCUGCUCCUUCUUGGUGGCCCUGGUGAUGCUCAGCUGCCCCUCCCUCGGUUCUCUGGGAUGUGACCUGCCUCAGGACCACGGCCUGCUGCACUGGAGGGCCUUGAUGCUCCUGCAACAAAUGAGGACACUGUCUGCUAGCUCCUGUGACAAGUACACAAACGACUUUGGCUUCCCCCAGGAGGUGUUUGACGGCAAGCAGCUACAGAAGGCUCAAACCCUCUCUGUCAUCCAUGUGACUAACCAGAAGACCUUCCACCUCUUCUGCACAGAGGCCUCACCUGCUCCUUGGAACACGACCCUCCUGGAGGAAUUGUGCUCGGGACUUUCUGAGCAGCUGGGUCACCUGGAAGCCUGUGCCCUGCAGGAGGCGGGGGUGGGAGAGAUGCCCCUGGUGAAUGGGGACUCCAUCCUGAGGAACUACUUCCAGAGAAUCUCCCUCUAUCUGCGAGAGAAGCAAUACAGCCCUUGUGCCUGGGAGAUGGUCCGAGCAGAGACCAUGAAACCCUUGUAUGCAUCAACAGCCUUGCAUAAGAGAUUGCGGAGCAGGAAGUGA